AUGAAGGUGAUAGAAUUAGAAGACAGUUUAUGGGAACCUGAUUCUGUUUGUUGCAAUAAACAGUGGGGCAAAUAUGGACUUGAUAAACUGAGAGUGGUGACUGAACUUGCUAAUGUUGGUCUGCAACAAGAGGCUAUACUUGCAACUAUUUUGCCAGAGGAGCCUGGGAGUGUUGGUGUGCACACAGCUUCUGAACUUGAAGAAAUGCAAGAGCGCCUGGAGUCUUCUCGACUCAAGACUUUCAAUCUCACAAAAAGUGACUUGGUUAAAGAUCACUUGCGCUACUUGGGUGAAACUGGGGCAAAUGUGUUGGUUGGAAUCCAAGUUGCCUGGGACAAGAUUGAUGAGUUUCAAGCUCGUGCGAAUUCUCUUGGAUAUGACUAUGUAGUGGUGGUGGCCGACGACAAGGAGUUCAAUCUUUUAAUGCAUUGGGACUUUCACAUUGUUAUGAAGGGGAAGCUUGUGCCUCCAGAUCACAUUUUAAUGAGCAGAGAAGGGAGACGAUGUCUUAUAUGUUUGAUAGUUUAUGAUUGUUGUACUAUUUUAUUUUGAAUGAGAAAGCAGUGGUGGUAAACAAUUCAUGACU